UUAGAUUAAUUUAGAGAAAAACAGCUACAAAUACAAUAAUAAUGUCCGAACAAAAAAUUCAACUUGCUUCUCUUCUAUUACUUAUUUGUCUCAUUUUUCCUCAAUCAAAUGCAAAACAAUGCAUCUUCGAAGGCCAAUGUGUAACUGUUGAAGACUGCAACAACAUAUGCAAAAGCGGGGAAGAUCCAUUCUUGUGCAUUCGUUCAGGCCCAAAUAGAGGCAAAUGUUGUUGUUUGAAGAAAGAUGGUUUUGUAAUAGAAUGA